CUGGCAUCAGAAGCUCCAGUGGCUCUGUGAUAGGCGACUGCUCCCUUUUACUCUCAGGCGGACCUUCUCUUAACAGGUACUUGCUACCCUCACCUUCUUUGCUGAAACUUGACCAGCCACCCCUGUUUGGCCAGCCAUGAUCAUCCUGAACUGCUCCUUCAAGCUGCAGCUGCUAGAAGGGGUGCUGAAAAGGAGCCUGCCGCUGACACUUCCGGUCUAUGGUGCUGUGAUGCAUAUCAAUCGUGGAAACCCCGCUCAGCAUGAAGUGGUAGUGGACUCUUGGCCAGAAUUUAAAGUUGUUCUUACCCGCCCACAUAAGAAGGUGGUGAAAGAUAGCUUGGAUUUCUAUGCCAACUUGCAUGCUGUUUUCUAUAAGGAAAUAGAUGCUUGUCAAGCACUACUGGAUAAUACAGAAGCCAUUGACUGGAGCAAGGCCUUUCAGCUGCAAGGUCUCCAAGAUGGGAUGUAUGAAGCUGCCAGAGAUAUUGCAGAGGCCAGACACGUUCAUCUGAAGCCAUACCACUACCAAACAGUGCUUCAUCCAAGUCCACUGACCUCUUGUGAGAGUCGGCUGAAAAGCAUCUUCCUCCAUGUUGGUAUCCUCCGCCCAUCUCAUGCAAACCUGCUCAAUGAAACUUGGAGUAUUGGAGGCAAUAAUCGAAGCUUGCGUUAUCUGGAGAGCCUGAUCCGUUACUUCCCUAAUGCCUGCCUCAUGGACAAAGAAGGGCAGCUGGUUUCCUGGAACCUGAGUGACCCACUAGCUUGCCUGACACACGUCUAUACCUUGUCUCAGUACAGGGGACAGGGCUGUGCUGAAGUUGUUACACUGGCAACAGCUAAAAAGAUGCAUGCCUGUGGCUUUCCAAUUUAUGGUGGAACUCUGCCACAGAACCAGGCUGUCCGGCAGUCAUUGAGACGUCAGGGCUUCCAUUUCUUACCUUGGACAAAGUAUGUGCUUUUCUUUACACCAGCCAUUUGUCUCAAGAAAUAACAGGUAUAAUCUUUUCUUCAGGAAACAAGGGCAGAUUUCAGGUACCAGCAGAUUCUAAGGAGUAGACAUGGGCACGAACGGGGGCGAAAAACCGAACACGCUGUUCGUGGUUUGUUGCUGACCAUGAACAACGAACAAUGAACAUUGAUGAACAUGAUGCUGUCACAAACAUGUUCGUUGUUCAUUGUUCAUGGGGGCCUGCAGACCCCCCACCCCCUUAGCCCCCCUCCCCUCUAAUCCACUUACUUGGCCCUUUAAAGAUCCCUUUAAACUAUCAGCUGGCAGGCAGCAGGGAGAUUCUCCCUGGCCCGCUUGCACGCUUCUGCCCAAUGCGAGUGGGGCAGGGAGAUUCUCCCUGGCCCGCUCGCACCUGGCAGGGACAGUGCCCUGGGGCUGCUUCUGCCCCAUGCGAGCAGGGCAGGGAGAUUCUCCCUAUCCCUCUUGCACUGAGCAGAAGAAGCCAUGAGGCGCUGGCUCUCCUGGUGCUAAGAGGGGCUAGGAGAUUCUCCCCAUCCCUCUCGCACCAGGAGAGGGGCAGCCGGCACUCAGCUGCUCAUAGGGGAAGCCCUCGAUGAGCAGCUGAUUCAGGGGUUUAAAUGCCCAGCAGCACGGAAACGGGCAUUUAAACUCCUCUUUGAUUCCCGGUUUCCAGGGUAACAGCAGGAGUUCAGACAAUCCUUGCCUGAGUUGCUAUGGGAAUUGAUUGCAGGUGCCAGACUGUCUGGAUUGAUGAACAGCAAUGAACAGCAACGAAUGAGGCUUCCAACUACCACCUGUUAGUUUGGAAUGGGGCCUCACGAACAGCCUGUUCACGAACAGCCGAACAGGCUGUUCAUGGGCUUUUUUAUGUUCGUAAUGCUGUUCGUGCCCAUGUCUAGAUGAGAGUCUCAUUCACCACAAAAUUCAGGCAUCUGCUUUAGGAUUUAUUUCACAUUAAGUAAACUGCAAAAUAAACUUCUGAAUGAACAUUUAUUUUGCUUACUUUUUAAAAUAUUUACUCAUUUCAUUCAUUUAUUAAACUUCUAGCCCAUCCUUCCCGCAAGCAGCUCAGGGCAGGUUACAAACAGUUACAAUAGACUUUAAAAUUACAAUAAAACACAAUAAAAUAGCAGCAACAUCAGUUUUCAUAAAACAUAGUUCCAACAGUGUUUAGUGCAGCCCACCACUGCUAACAGUGCACAGGGGGUAGCCAUCCUUCAGCCCCCACUAGAGUUUGUGUGAGGGGACAAAUAGCUGUACCACCUCCCCAAGUAAAGGACCAGUAGGGUGGCUCCAGAUGGAUACAAGACUGGUCUCAACGAUAUGCAUGGCUGAAAGGAUGAAAGAUCUUGGCAGGCCUGCAUAUCUACUGAUAAAGAGUUCCACCAGGUUGGAGUCAGGACUGAAAAGGCCCUAGCUCUGGUCGAGGCCAGUCUAGUCUCCCUGGGGCCAGGGACCACCAGUAGAUGUUUAUCAGCUGAUCUGGUCCCAGAUCUGUCGGGGAUGUUUAUCAGCUGAUCUGGUCCCAGAUCUGUCGGUGAAGCUUCAGCCGCAGCGACAGCGGACAGAGGUGGUCCCACAGAUAUGCUGGUCCUUGUCCGCUAAGUGCUUCAUAGUUCAGAACCAAAAUAUUAAAUACUUAAUACUGAAGGAUGAACAAUAUUAUAAUCAAUGUGAACAACUCACAUAAUCAAAAGGCAGUAAUCUGUUAAUAUCCCCCACCCUAUUAGAUACAACUAGAUUAGUCACUCCCUUAUAGAGUCUCUCUACACAAGACAUCUUACACAGGGACGUUCAAGUGACUUACUUUCUGUGUGGUCUUUUAUUCAAGUGUACUCCAUGUGAGGUACUGCCAAGAAAGUGCAAAGCUACAAGUGGAGAACACUAGA